AUGAUGAGCUACACUCCCUCCAACUGCAUUCACCUAUACCGUGACUUGCUCAGAGCUGCACGUCUACUACUCGUCGAUAGCGCAAGAAAGGAUAGAUCCUUUUCACAAGUCUGCAGAAAUCAAGUUCGCGAUCGUUUUAGAGAAAACAAAAGCGUUGUAGACACACAAAUGAAGAGAUAUCUCUUUGAUCAAGCCCAAAAAGAAUUCUCUCAUCUUAAAUCUUUAUUGGAAAAUGAUAGUUUAAUCAAGUACCCAAAUACAAUUAGAGUUUUACCAGAGGCUGCAAAGAAAUCAAAGAUCCUUUUAUCAACUUCAUCACAAGAAAAGAUUAAAUCAAAGAAAUGGGGUCUAAUCGAUAGAGUAAUCUCAACUUUUACUAAUAAUAAAUAA